CGGAGGGGCGUGGCUUCUGAACAGGAGAACCUUUCUCUUAUUUUAUCAUAGAGAAAAAGGAUACAUGCAGGCGUAGUGACCGGUGCGGAGCUACCGCUUCCUCAGCGAUUCUCCUGUCAUGUCCUGAGCUCCGCCGUCUGCUCUCCGCACUACCGCUCAGUGUGAAGGGGAGCCAGCAAAGCCGGCACCUCGGCCCGGGCAGGAUGGAGGGGGAUCCGGCGCCCCAUGAAUGGCUGUCCGCCGGCUCGGAGCUGGGCUUCGCCGCACUGCUGCUCCUAUUUGCGGCCUCUCUGCUUACUGUCUUGGUUUGGUUACUGCAGCUGACACGGUGGCUCCGUCCGUCCCAGUCCGGUGCCAGAGGGCUGCUCAAUGCCCUCUAUGGUUUCCCUUCUAUACGAGACAGCUGGAGCAGAGCCUGGGCUCAGGCGCUCAACCGGGAGGUGCUCCGGAGCCGGAGUUCUGUCCAGAUGAUGUUUGAAGAGAAUUUGGCCCUUCAGCCCAAUGUGAAACUCAGCCAUGUUUCAUGUACCAAGCAUUCUGACAGCAGUAUGGUGUUCCUUUGUCAUCUUUGUGCUGACACAGUGCGAUUUCCAGUGUCUGUCACUCAAGAGUCCCCAGUUGCUGUUUCCUGUGAUACCUACCAGGUCUCCUUAACUAUACAAAGUGCACAGAUAGAAGUCCGAUUUCAAGAGCUGCAGCAGACAGGUCUCUUGGUGUCAUGGAGUUUUAAAGAGCGUCCAGAUAUGUUGCUUCAUGUUGUACCAAAGCAGUCACAUCAGAGUAGUGAAGGAGGUGCUGAACUCUGCACAGUUCAAGAUCUAGUACAAAAUGCAGUGGUCACAGCAGAGCCAGCCAUGAUGUUCAACUUAAAAGCUCAUGAUGGUAAUAUGGGAAUUUGUGACAGACUGAUCCAGGAAUCCCCCACUAGAACAGAAAGCUUUAAACUUCUUGUUCGACAGCUGCAUCUACGGGAUGUUGUUCUGCCAGAUUCAGAUGCUGAGCUGAUCUGUGAAGUUGAACUGGAUUGGCCUUGUCAGCGGAAAAAAACACGUUCUGCCAGGAUCCAUAAAGAAGGAGAGACCUGGAAUGUCUCAUGGAGUGAGGACAUGAUAUUUGAACUCUCUCCUCAAAGCAAGGAACUGUCUUUCAAAGUGUGGCAGAUGGUGCGAAGUGCAGACAAUAUUUUCCUAGGUUACACCUCAGUGGCUCUGAGGUCACCUGAACAAGACCUUUGUGGGAAACGUCUAUACCCACUGACCAUGUGCUCCAUGCUGCCGAAUAUCACAGUACCAUCAGUAUCUGUUGAGUUUCAUAUACCAGAGGGGAAUCUCCCAGUUGCAACCUUGGGGACUUCAACUCAGAGAAUUAACAUUACUCCUACCAAGAAAGUGGAAAUGGAUCGCACAGUGAUGCCAGAUGGUACGGUUGUAACUACUGUGACAACUAUUCAGUCAAGGCCAAAGCUUGAUGGUAAAGUAGCAUUAGAUUCUCCAUCUAAAGUAGAAGUGACUGAAAACAAAACUGUUUUAUUCCCUCGAAGCUGCUCUCCUGGUUCUUCUCCGAGCGGCAGUGGUGGCUCUCCGUCCUCCAUUAAGCUAGAUCCUGUGGCAGAGACGGCUAUUAGGCAGUUAACCGAACCUGGCAAUAAGUCAUCCAAGAGGACCCCCACCAAGCGCAGCACACUGAUUAUAUCGGGAGUGUCAAAAGUACCAAUUGCUGAUGAUGAGAUGGCUCUUUCUCUGGGAUAUGCAGCUUCCAUGGAUGCCUCAAUGCAUGGCACUUCCACAUGUUUUCAAGAAUCAUUAACGGAGGGCUCUGCUGAAUUUUCUUCUGAGGUGGCAGGGUCCCACAAUCAGGACACGGAUGAUGCCACAAGGUCAGAUAUUUCAGAUCGACCAUCCCUGGAUGAUGUGGAUUCUGAAACUGGCUCUACUGGAGCCUUGGAAACUCGCAGCCUUAAAGAUCACAAAGUUGGAUUCCUUCGAAGUGGCACUAAACUCUUCUUCCGCCGACAUCAUCGGAAUGCAGGUCUGAGCCAAUCUCAUGAUGACUUGACAAAUUCUGCUGCUACUUCUCGUAAGAAGAGUGGCAGCUUUCCACGGCGCCUGUUUAAACGUUUUUCACUUAAGGCCAAAUCAAAACACAAUGUUAAUGGGAGUGCCCAGGCUGGAGAUAAGUGAUCAAUUAGGAGAGUUUGCUUUUCAGGAGACCAUUUGUCUACCUCUGUCCUGUUACUGCAUGCCUGCCAGCCUGCAAGUAUGGGUAUGUGUCACAGCUCCCCCCAGCCCCAGGAUCCAAGCAUUUUAAUAGGCAAAAGCAUCUUUCAGCAUUUCCUGAUUUUGACUGCUGGAGUCAGCAACAGUGUGUCGUUGCAAUAUGAGUGCUGCUUCUUAUAAGACUCUAAUGUGACUUAAAGCAGGUGCAAUUAUUUGUUUUCUGUGAUCUUGAUAUUGAAUUGAAAUGGGUUUUCUUUAAUUCUAUGAGUGAAUUUCAACCUGUCCACAAUUAGUAUCAUACUCUGGUUACAUUACAUUGUUAAAGAAUAUAGAGUAGUAGAAAGUAGACCUGUUGACAGUACUUUAAGCAGGGAAGCAUCCUAAAGGUGUUUGAGCCCUACUAUCUCCUUGUACUAAGAGCUUCACCUGCCAACCAGCUUCUUUGUAUUACUGUGGAUAGGGAGAAGCAGAAGCUAAUAGAAAAAGAAGAUUCCCAACAUUCGAAUAAGCCAACAUUUUUCAGAUAUUUUUUUCUCCUGUUAUCAUCCUGUUUUCUCCUGUUAACACUCUAGGCCUUAAAGGAAAAUGGUACACUGGGUUAUAGUGUGGGUGAACAGGAGACCAAUGAGGGGGUCACUGACUAAAUUAUAUAGUUUUGGUCCGUAGAGAUGUCCCACAAAAGAUCCACUUCUAUCUGCUCUGAAUUGCGCACUGGAAGUGGGCCAGCCGGGUCAAUUUGGAUAUUCAUUGUCUGUGACUCCACAUCCUAGUGACGUGGAGUUUUUGGUCACGCGAGCGCAUGCACCGACUGAGCGCUCACAUGACCAGCGACAAUGAAUAUUCAAAGUGACCCGGCGGGCCCGCCUCCAGUCUACAGUGUAUUGGGAUUAGUGUGGGUGAACAGGAUGACAGUUUUCCUGUAAAGGAGUAUUCCCAUCUCAAACAUUAAUGGCAUAUCCACAGGGUAUGCCAUAAAUGUCGUAUAGAUGCAGGUCCUACCUCAGGAACCCUUACAGAUGGUGAGAAUGAGGUACUCGUCCCAGUUUGGCCUAGUAAAUGCAUCCAGAAUACCGAAAAACAGCAGGCUGUCUAUUAGACAUUCUGUAAAUCAUGUAGCACCUCAAGCUAUGCUGUUUCCAUAACUAGAAAGUUAUAUAAAUGCUAUAAGUCGAGAUGCUAUGCUGUUAAUCUAAUCCUCAUUAAUAUUUAUGGGAGGAAUGUAAACUGCAUAAAAGCCCUCUUUUCGGUAUCCCAACCACCUCUUGCCACUGUAACACAGGCCGGAUAGGGUCAAGAGCCUGCUUAGGCUAUGCCAUAAAUGUUUAAGAUGGGAAUACCCUUUUAAAAAGGGCAGUCUACUGUUGACAGGUCCACUUUACAGUGAGGAAGAAAAUUUGAAGACACUUGAGACCAUUUAUGGUUGCUAUGAAUAAAUGCAGCACCCAUUUGUCAAUUUAUACAGGUCCAGGAGAAAUCAUACGGACAGCACAAUGCAGCAAUAUCCAUAAUUAUGUUAAUUUCAAAGAGAAAGUAUUUACUACACAAACAUGUUGGGAGGACAGACGGUCCUCCUAUAGUUCUGAACCUCAAGAUUUAAAAUGUAAUUUCUAAUAUAAAAGUUAAACCAAAUGUAAUGUACUAGAACACCCAUUGAAUAUUAAAUUGUCUUGUUAUUGGUGAGAAAAUUUAGUAGCAAACUAACCUUACCUGUAACUUAUGAAUAUUUUUAUUUUACUCCUCUGGCCGGGGCACUCUGGGGCCUUGUAUUAUAAUGGAAUUAUAGCGUUUUAAUGUGAUGUUUUCUUUGAGACGUAUUUAAUGUAUAAAUGAAAAAAACCACACAACAUAUUUAUUUGCUGUAUUUAUUGUGGGAUCUUGUGACUAGAGUGUAAAACGACCCUUACAAAUUAAGGUGGCUGUGAGUCACAUGGUGAAUAAAUGCGGUUAUCUGCUUAUAUUAAUGUAAAUUGUGAAGGAAGCAGUCUCCCUUGUUCUUUAUGUACAUGAUUGUUCAGAGAUCCACAGUUAUCCUGUUUACAACUAUAAUGAAUGUGAUCCUCAUUCUAUUUUAUUGAGCACAAUGAACGGGUUUCAGGUUAUACCUAUUGUGCAAUACUACCUUGUAAAAUCAGGAGUCGCUAUUAUCCUGUUCAUCUUCCAUAGACAGUCAUACCAUAAGACUAUGGUAGUAGUGGUUGUCACAUACAUCAGUAUGACCAUCACAAAUGGGUAAUCUGUAUGAAAACCAUUCAUCUGUAAAGAACUUCAAAACCUGUCACUUAUGUUUUUGUUUUAUUUAGUUUUUUAUGUUUUAAGAAAUAAAAAAUUUGUCCAGACAUGAACUUGUUGAACAACAAUUGUAAUGCAUAGGUGAAAAGUAGGAUGAAAGUUAAUAAAGUGAAGGAUAAUUUCA